AUGGCUAUCGUCAACGAAAAACUCGCAGAGAAAUCGGCCGCCAGAGGUAUUCCAAGUACACCAGCUUUUACCCCUUCUUCUUCCAAGCUCCCUCAAAAGAUUCGUGGUGCCGAUGAUGUCAAUCAAGAUAUAGAUAUGGCACUACAAGCAGAGCAAGGACCAGGAGACGAGACGGCCAUUAGUCUAGACAAAUCAGAUCCCAAGAGAGACCUCGCCCCAAUGAACUGGAGUGGCUUUGAGCAACGCUAUGCGGAGGCUAUCAAGGAAUUGAAUGACAAUGAGGAUGAGUUGAUCGACCACUUCAACCAUCUUUCCGAGGCAUUUACAAUCUGGGCGGAUUCUUCGGCAGAGCGAGAUAAUGGGAGGGCAUUAAAACGUUUGAAGACAAGAGAAAGAUAUGUGCAGAUACAAGAAAAGUCAUUGGAAGACAAAAAGCUGCAUUACACGAAAGUUGUUGAGGCAUUCAAGCAGGCGCUACAAUUAUUUGGAGAAUGA